GAUCAUUUUGAUCCCGUUCAACAUGGCAGACGAUGCAACGAGAAAAGCAGUGUCUGACAUUCCACUUUUGAAAACCAACUCCGGUCCACGAGACAAGGAGCUGUGGGUACAGCGGCUCAGAGAGGAGUACCUCGCACUGAUCAAGUAUGUGGAAAACAACAAGGUAGCUGACAAUGACUGGUUCCGCUUGGAGUCCAACAAAGAGGGAACAAGGUGGUUUGGAAAGUGCUGGUACAUCCACGACCUGAUGAAGUAUGAAUUUGACGUAGAGUUUGAUAUCCCUGUGACAUAUCCCACGACUGCCCCUGAGGUGGCUAUCCCAGAGCUGGAUGGCAAAACAGCUAAAAUGUACAGGGGUGGAAAGAUCUGUCUGACUGACCACUUCAAGCCCUUGUGGGCGAGGAACGUACCAAAAUUCGGGCUGGCUCAUCUGAUGGCCCUGGGGCUGGGUCCCUGGUUGGCUGUGGAGAUUCCUGACUUAAUCUCCAAAGGAAUCGUCGUGCACAAAGAACAGCAGAACAGCUGAGACUGGAGACAUGCUGACCUUUCGGCUCCACAACCCUGCUGCCCCGAGAGAUACAACAAGCCUACACCUACCCCUCCUGUGAGACUCCCAGUACCAGCUCAGUCAUUAAAAUUGCAUACUGGGCCACGCCUGUCUCCAUUCGAGCUGCAACUCCUACGCUCUCAUGACAUCAAUGCUAAUAAUGUUGCAGUCAUCAACAGCUCUUUGUAUGGAGGACCAAAUGAAAGCAUGUAAGAGUAGAGAAAGAGAUGAUUGGAAGAUGGUAUUAUUGACAACACAGAUGUUUAUUGCACUUGUCUUAAACCCGGUGUUCAGAAGGAUGCCAUCAUUGUCUGUGCGUACUCUUUGUUUCUCCUGUGGCCUACUCUAGUAAGUCAAUAAACACUCACUAAAUGCCACCUGAA